CAGAGGAAAGAUAAUUAAAUCCCCAAAAAUUCAUUAUUUAUUACGUAGGUACCCAUAAAGUCAUCAUCUUCGAUUCUUUCCCAAUUUCUCUAAAUCGAAACCCUAGAAAUCUACAGAGAAAACCCCUGAAUUUUCUCACUUGAGCCCUCCCUUUUCCCGAGAAAAUUUCCCCAAUUUUCCCGUGAAAUUCCGAAAUUAGUUCAAACGCAGAAUUCCUCGGGCAUGGGGAAGGUUCUACGUGAGAGCUCCAAUCCUUCCUCCUCCUCGGCCUCCACCAGCACGACUGCGACCACCUCGACGUCGGUUACGGAGACCGUGAAUGGGUCGCACCAGUUUAAGAUCAACGGUUACUCGCUCUUGAAGGGGCUUGGGAUCGGGAAAUACACAGCGUCUGAUACAUUCGUCGUUGGUGGGUACGGGUGGGCGAUCUACUUUUAUCCUGAUGGGAAGAGCGCAGAGGAUAAUGCAGCGUAUGUUUCUCUGUUUAUCGCGUUGGCAAGCGAGGGGACCGACGUCAGGGCAUUGUUCGAGCUCACGCUUUUGGAUCAGAGCGGGAAGGAGAGACACAAGGUCCAUAGCCAUUUCGGGAGGACGCUUGAGAGCGGACCCUACACGCUUAAGUAUCGUGGCAGCAUGUGGGGAUAUAAACGGUUUUUCAAAAGAACUUUAUUGGAGCAAUCAGACUACCUCAAAGAUGAUUGCCUCUCUAUUCAUUGUAGUGUAGGUGUUGUUAAGUCAAAUACAGAGGGUCCUAAGAUCUACACUAUAGCAGUUCCACCUUCAAACAUUGGACAGCAAUUUGGGCGAUUGCUGGAAAGCGGAAAGGGAACUGAUGUGAGUUUUGAAGUUGAUGACGAAAUCUUUCCCGCCCACAAGUUAGUACUUGCUGCUCGUUCACCUGUGUUUAGGGCACAACUUUUUGGUCCAAUGAAGGAUCAAAAUACACACAGAAUAAAAGUUGAAGACAUGGAAGCUCCUGUUUUUAAGGCUUUACUUCACUUCAUAUACUGGGACUCCCUGCCUGAUAUGCAAGAGCUUACCGGUUUUAAUUCAAAGUGGGCCUCUACUUUGAUGUCUCAGCAUCUCCUUGCAGCAGCAGAUAGGUAUGGCUUAGACAGGCUCAGAUUGCUAUGUGAGACCAAUCUUUGUGAGGAUGUUGCCAUUAACACUGUGGCAACCACCUUAGCCUUGGCAGAGCAGCAUCAUUGUUUCCAGCUGAAAGCUGUUUGUCUCAAGUUCGUGGCAAUGCCUGAAAAUUUGAGAGCUGUUAUGCAAACGGAUGGUUUCGAGUACUUAAACGAAAGCUGCCCGUCAGUCUUGACUGAGCUCUUGGAGUAUGUUGCUAGAGUUAGUGAGCAUUCAACAAUUGCAUGCAAACCUGGGAAUGAAGUUAUCCUCGAUGGAAGUGAUGCUAAUGGACGGAGGGUCAAGCAAAGGCUAUGAUGAAAGCAGUUUCUAACACGACCUUUGUAGUAAUAAAAGAAAAAGGGGUUAAUUUCUAGGAUUAGAAACAAUUAGAAACAAUUUUCUAGUAUAUUAAGCUUUGGAAUUUGUAUGGUAUGUAAAUGUAGUCGUCGUUUGGUGUCCAUUGUUUGUUUACCAUGUCAAGUUUCUAUUCUGUAGCGUGCUUGUCUUAUCUUUCUUCUUUUUUUCAUUUUUUAUAGGGCCUAGUCUUUCUUUUUACUUUUGUGUGUUUGCUUUUGAAAUUUGUUAGCUUCCUUAAUUGUUGGUAUUAUGGUGAAGACAAUAGUUCUAGGCUUAUUGUUGAUCAGCAGCUAAUGUUGCAUAUGGGAAUGUUUAGUAGCUUUGAUUUUCCCCUCAAAUGACGAGUACCUUGUUCACAUAAGGACCUGUUUGGUUGGAAGGAAAUAGAGGGGAGUAGAGAGAAGGGAAAUGAAAAGAGCCUCUCAUA